GGUGUUCCAGGGCCCUCUCUGCUCUGGGCCUCUUGGCUCUUGGCCCUGGUUCCUUGCUGUGGAAAGGGCUUAACAAGCUGCCCUUAGAGAGCCUCAGCUCUCCUUUGGAGAUGAGGAGCGGGAAGGCCUCCUGUGCCCUGGAUACCGUCUGGGAGGACAAGCACAAGUAUGAGGAAGCUGAACGGCGCUUCCACAAGCACGAGGCCACACAAGCCACCACCUCUGCCCAUCAGCUCCAGGUUGAGGUGCCUGCUGUGAAUGGGCCUGGCCAGGAGGACACUAAGGAUGCUUAUGAGGCAGAGGCCCUUGACACCGGCAGCAGGAGUAAUCCUAGGAAGAGCCUUGAGGGCAAGAAGCCCCUACAGAAGAAGAGGAAACGCUCCCCCAAGGGCUGGCUUGGCCAGGCAGACCUGGCCUUUGUGGGCCUUUCGGCUGACAGUGUAUGGCUGGAAAAGCCACUUUUCGAUCAGGCAGAAAGCUCCUACCGCCAGAAGCUGGCUGACUCAGCUGCCCAGGCCACACAGCCACCCGCCCUGGCCUCUCGAGGCCCCUGCAUACAUGGGACCCUGGUGGCCUGCCACCAUGUAACCUGGGGCAUCUGGGUCAACAAAUCUUCCUUUGACCAGGCUGAGCGGGCUUUUGUGGAGUGGUCACAGGCCCUGCUGCUGGCUGCACAGGGGAGCCGCAGGCAGGGAGCUCCUGACACCAGCUCAAGGGCUGGCAGCCUCAACCUGACACUAGCCUGCCAGCCCAGCACGCCGGCCAAUGGUCAGCCCACUCUGGGCAGCCUGCAGGCACUGGUGAGGGAGGUGUGGCUGGAGAAGCCCCAGUAUGAUGCUGCGGAGAGGGGCUUCUAUGAGGCCCUGUUCGACGACCACCCCCCAGGGAAGGUUCGCCUGCAAGAGCGGGCCAGCCAGGCAGAGGGAGCUCGGCGGGGCCGCAGAGAUCGGCGGGCUCGUAACAAUACCAUGGGAAGCAAGCGGGCUGGGCCACGUCGUUCUGACAGGGAGGCUCCCACUGCCUUGCCCUACUGGUACUUUCUGCACAAGGACGCAGAAGCCCCUUGGCUUAGCAAGCCCUCCUAUGACCGUGCUGAGUGCCGCCACCACACCACUGAGGCCCUGCGCAUGGCCUGGUGCCUCGAAGCUGCCUCUCUGAUUCACCGCCCUGGGCCCCGGUCUGGCCUAUCCAUGUCCAGCCUGAGACCCAAAAAAAUGGCCACAAACUUCCUAGUGCAUGAGAAAAUCUGGUUCGACAAGUUCAAGUAUGAUGAUGCAGAAAGGAAAUUCUACGAGCAGAUGAAUGGGCCUGUAGCUGGUGCCUCCUGCCAGGAGAAUGGUGCCAGCGUGAUACUCCGUGACAUUGCAAGAGCCAGAGAGAACAUCCAGAAAUCCCUGGCUGGAGUGAGUACUCACAGCCACAUACCAGUGGGCUUGUGCUUAGCUGAACAGCAGCUCAAGGAGGUGUUACCUGACCCCUCUGAGGCCCUGAGCCAGGCUGCCCUUGGGACUAGCUCAGGCCCUGGGCCCUCCAGCGGGCCUGGUGGAGACCACAGUGAGCUUGUUGUCCGGAUUGCCAGCCUGGAAGUGGAAAACCAGAACCUGCGAAGUGUGGUGCAGGAUCUGCAGCAGGCCAUCGCCAGACUGGAGGCUCGGCUGAAUGCCCUGGAGAAGAGCUCACCCAUCCAUCGAGCCACAGCCCCACAGACCCAGCACGUGUCUCCCAUGCGCCAAGUGGAGCCCCCAACCAAGAAGGUGGCCACACCAGCAGAGGACGACGAGGACAAUGACAUUGACCUGUUUGGCAGCGACGAGGAGGAGGACAAGGAGGCGGCCCGGCUGCGGGAGGAGAGGCUAAGGCAAUACGCAGAAAAGAAAGCCAAGAAGCCCUCACUGGUGGCCAAGUCCUCCAUCCUGCUGGAUGUCAAACCUUGGGAUGACGAGACUGACAUGGCCAAACUGGAGGCCUGUGUACGCUCUAUCCAGCUGGAUGGGCUGCUCUGGGGUGGCUCCAAGCUGGUUCCUGUGGGUUAUGGCAUCCGCAAGCUGCAGAUCCAGUGUGUGGUAGAGGACGACAAGGUGGGCACUGACUUGCUGGAGGAGGAGAUCACCAAAUUUGAGGAGCAUGUGCAGAGUGUGGACAUCGCAGCUUUCAACAAGAUCUGAAGCUAGGCGUGCAUGUGUGCAAGGGAGGCCCUGCCAAUAUUAAAAACUGAGACUCUGCA